AACUGUUGAAUACUCAGCAAGAGGGAGAGAGGCCACCUCAGAGAGACCAGUUAUGGACAUUGUGGAGGGCAUUCUGACAGCUGCACAAGUCAUCUAUGGCCAAUGCCAGCAAAUGAAGCAUUACAGGAAGCAUCGAGAGCGCCUUGUGGAACGUAUGGAGAUCCUGCUCUGCCCCAUCAAGCUUCUCCAGGCCGGGUCUCCCAAAGAGUUGUCCUCCGGACUGAGGGGGAUGCUGAAGAAAAUGUUGGACCUGAUGAAGGAAACCCAGGAGCUGUUUGAGAAGUACGAGGGCUGGAAUGGCGUGGAGAAGUUUAUGAAGGCUGGGAACAUGCUGGAGAAGUUUGCAAACCAGAACGAACGCUUUGGCAAUAUUGGCCAAGCGCUGUUGCUGCAACUGCAGGUGGAGCAGAAGAUCCUGGCAAGUUUUGAGGAAUGUGUUGUGUGCCAGGAAGGCAGCCAGGACCUUGCGGAGGACAGGGUCUCCUGGAAGGAGAUGCUCAAAGGGGAGGGGGCUGAUCCUCACAUCGAAAUCACCGAGAUAAAGAAGAGCCUGAUAACAAAGAUGGUUUCUGUGAUGGAGAUGAAGUGCUACACCCUGUUCAAAGGAGAAUAUUACAAGUCCCCUGUGGCCGUCAAAGUCUUCAAAAACCCUUUGACCACCAACACAAAGAAAGUGAGGAAAAUCUUUGCAGAGGAGAUUAGAACCUUAAAGAGGCUCGAGUCCCCCUAUAUCCUUCGUAUGUACGGAAUCUGCAUAGAUGAGACCGGGCCAACCCCGGAGUAUUCCAUUGUUGUGGAAUACUGUGAAAAAGGCACCCUGAGGGAAGUGCUGAAGAAGGAACCAGACUUAUCCUGGAAGAUUCGCACAGAAAUGGCGUCUGAUGCUGCCGCUGGUCUGUACAGGCUGCACCAGACGCUGGACAAAUGCCAAAUGCACCGCUGCAUCAACAGUACUACGUUCCUCAUUGCCAAAGGCUACUGUGUCAAGUUGUCAGGAUUCAAGCUGGAUCAGACGGAGUCUUCCAUCAGUCGGAAAGGCAGGGAGAAAGCCCAUAAAGAGGUCUCUUCUUCAGCCUACAUCUGCCCUGAGGGUCUGGCGUCAGUAAACCACCAAUACAACUUGGCUAGCGAAAUAUACAGCUUUGGGAUUGUGCUGUGGGAGAUUGUGACUGGCAAGAUCCCGUUUGCAGGCUGUGCUUCAGAGGAGAUCUAUGAGAAGGUUUUCAAGCAAAGAUACCGGGAACCGCUGAGAGAAGACUGCCCCCACUACCUGCAGGACAUCAUCAACCAGUGUCGGGACUUUGACCCUUCUAAGCGCCCAUCUGCUGAAGGGAUUGUGAACCAACUCCUCGUUGACCAAGAUGGCAGCAGGGACAGCUUGACCACCUGA